GGAAUAGAGGACGCUGAUAUAGAGAUUGCUAACGUGUAUUUCUCUGGCCGUUCCCUCGUUUCCAGCAAAGAGGGGAAGAGAAGUAUGCUGCUCGUUCACCUCGUUCAGUUCCCAUCCGCCGCAGCGAUUUCGUCGAAUCUGAGUCCCGACAACAACGAGGUGCAAAAUGCUUGCACUAACAACUAUCGCCUUUUCCCUGUCUUUGCUAGGAGUUUCCCUCGCCCAAAUCGACCACGUAGGAAUAAACCUCGCAGACGAGGUUGGGAAGUACCAUCAGCCGAAGAGAUCAACGCCUACAGCAACCUGUCUCGUCGCCGAUGCUUUGCAAACCGCGAGCUUUCGCACCGGUUUGGAGAAUGGCACAGCAGGGAUCAGGCCUGGCUUGACAGAAUCCCCAACAAACGAAGCAAACUUCAUCAACUUCUGCUCCGGCCUGGACCUAACCAACGGCCGGCAAAACCCCAACGGGUCCUGCAACGGAAUCCCCAUGGGCCGGAUCCCCGCCGCGACAAACAUGGUCUCAACCCUCAUCACCUUUCCACAGCCCAGCGACCGACUCUCCCCUCUCACAACCUUUACCGUGACCCUGCAGACGCGCCACCUGCGCGCGGGACAUCUGGUCAACCCUUCCGCGGCCUACUACGCAGCGCCCCAGGACCUGGACGAGCACGGCGACAUCCUCGGCCACGUGCACGUCACCAUCCAGGAGAUUGGCGAGAGUCUCCGCGCGGGGCAGGCGCCUGAUCCGGCCGUGUUUGCGUUUUUCAAGGGAGUAGAUGACCCGGGUGAUGGAAAGGGGAAUUUGAGGGCUGAGGUCACGGGCGGGUUGCCAAGGGGUGUGUACAGGGUGUGUACCAUGACAGCGGCCAGGAAUCAUCAGCCCGUUGUGAUGCCCGUUGCGCAGCGGGGAGCGCAGGAUGAUUGCGUUAGGUUUGAGGUUGGGUCAUGACUCUUUGUGAGCUGGUGUGUUUAGUGUUGGCGGUUGAGCACAUACUAAGGUUGCAGGCCUCAAAGCGUACUAGUGCUAACUUAUAUGUCAUGUACAUGAAUUUCUUUCUCGUCUCCAUUGCCCUCAAUCCUUGCACUCCUUGAUCCCCUUAGAGGCCAUGGAACAAGUCGAGUGACUCGAGUCACUACAGUGAGCCUCAGGGGUAUCAGGUGGAGUGACAAUCUUUCCCCACACUGGGAUCAUGAGGAUUGAUAUCUCAGCUGCAUACCCCGUUAGUAG